CUACAAGCUUUAACAUGUGCUCUGCUGGACACUGAUAGAAGUCACAAGACUGCUCUAACUGCUGAUGAGAAAAGAUAUUUAGCAGUUUAUAUUUAUUUAAAUAAUUGCAUUUCCAUGUUCUGUGUACUGUGGAAGACCAGACAUAGUGAAUGCAGGGUACUGGGUUUAGUAAACACUUUAAGCUGAGCAUGUAUUGGUCAGAUUUCUUUCGAUCAAUAGAAACAAGCACUUAAAACUAGCAGUGUGGGUGCAGCCCCACUGCAAGAGAGAGAAUUUUCUGCUUUUCCCCAGAAAUGGUCUUUA